AUACCCAGCAAGCUAACCCAGCGCACUGCGCUCUUCUCGCCCUCUCCGCUUGCUCUCCGACUCGGUCGCGUUCGCCCAGCACAUGGAGCCAGUGCCGGGCUCUGGGGCUUUCCAGAGCCUCGGGAGGGGACGUCCAGAGCCUCAGGGCGGUAGCCUCUGCCUCCGCCUCUUUCUUGCAGCCUAGGUCUAGGAACGAACCCCCGGAGAUCCAGAAGAAAGAGGGCAAAGGGAGAGAGGGGGGCGAGGGGGGCGAAGACGCCUCCUGCGCCCCCUCGGCUAACCCGCAGGCCUUCCCUUCUCUCCUCGCCAUCACCGCCACCCCUCCCUCCUGGCCCGGCCCGCCUGUUCUGGCCCGGCCCAUUCUGUCCCCAGCCCCGCUGGACUCGGCCCUAGGGAACGGCGGCGAUGGGAGCGCCCCGGAUCUCGCACAGCCUUGCCUUGCUCCUCUGCUGCUCCGUGCUCAGCUCCGUGUACGCACUGGUGGAUGUCGAUGACGUUGUAACCAAGGAGGAUCAGAUCGUCCUCCUGCGCAAUGCCCACGCCCAGUGCGAGCAGCUGGUCAAGGAGGUACUCAGGGUCUCUGAACUUGCUGAAUCAGCCAAAGACUGGAUGUCAAGGUCUGGAAAGGCAAAGAAGGAGAAACCUGCAGAAAAGCUUUAUUCCCAGGCAGAGGAGGCUGGGGAAGUUUCUGACGGGAGCCGGCGCCAGGAUGGCUUCUGCCUACCUGAGUGGGACAACAUUCUGUGCUGGCCUGCUGGAGUGCCAGGCAAGGUGGUGGCCGUGCCCUGCCCUGACUACAUCUACGACUUCAACCACAAAGGCCGAGCCUAUCGGCGCUGUGACAGCAAUGGCAGCUGGGAGCUGGUGCCUGGGAACAACCUGACAUGGGCGAAUUACACCGAGUGUGUCAAGUUUCUGAACAACGAAACCCGGGACCGGGAAGUCUUCGAUCGCCUGGGAAUGAUGUACACUGUGGGCUACUCCACCUCUCUGGGCUCCCUCACCGUGGCUGUGCUGAUCCUGGGUUACUUUAGGAGGCUGCAUUGCACCCGAAACUACAUUCACAUGCACCUCUUCGUGUCCUUCAUACUCCGGGCCAUAAGCAUCUUCAUCAAGGAUGCCGUGCUCUACUCAGGGGAUUCCCCAGACGAAAUCAAGCGCAUCACUGAGGAGGAGCUGAGGGCCUUCCCGGAGUCUCCCCCUACUGAUAAGGUGGGCUGCAGAGUGGCAGUAACCGUCUUCCUUUAUUUCCUGACCACCAACUACUACUGGAUCCUGGUGGAAGGCCUAUACCUUCACAGCCUCAUCUUCAUGGCUUUUUUCUCUGAGAAAAAGUAUCUCUGGGGUUUCACGUUAUUCGGCUGGGGCCUCCCUGCCGUGUUUGUCGCUGUGUGGGUGAUCGUGAGGGCCACACUAGCCAACACCGAGUGCUGGGACCUGAGUUCGGGGAAUAAGAAGUGGAUCAUACAGGUGCCCAUCCUGGCAGCUAUUGUGGUGAACUUUAUUCUUUUUAUCAAUAUAAUCAGAGUACUAGCUACUAAACUCCGGGAGACCAAUGCAGGGAGAUGUGACACAAGGCAACAGUACAGAAAGCUGCUGAAGUCCACACUAGUGCUUAUGCCGCUGUUUGGGGUGCACUACAUCGUCUUCAUGGCCAUGCCGUACACAGACGUAUCAGGGAUUCUUUGGCAAAUCCAAAUGCACUAUGAAAUGCUCUUCAAUUCAUUCCAGGGAUUUUUUGUUGCCAUAAUAUACUGUUUCUGCAAUGGAGAGGUACAAGCAGAGAUCAAGAAGUCAUGGAGCCGAUGGACCCUGGCUUUGGACUUCAAGCGGAAGGCCCGGAGCGGCAGCAGCACCUACAGCUAUGGCCCCAUGGUUUCGCACACAAGUGUCACCAAUGUGGGACCCCGAGGGGGGCUGGCCUUGUCCCUCAGCCCACGACUAGCUCCUGGGGCUGGAGCUAAUGCCAAUGGCCAUCACCAGCUGCCUGGCUAUGUGAAACACGGCUCCAUUUCUGAGAACUCAUUGCCUUCAUCUGGCCCAGAGCCUGGCACCAAGGAUGACGGGUACCUCAAUGGCUCUGGAAUCUAUGAGCCAAUGGUGGGGGAACAGCCCCCUCCACUUUUGGAGGAGGAGAGGGAAACAGUCAUGUGACCUAUAUCCCCCACCUAUCCAGGGGGCAGAGACCCUGGGCUUGAGCCUGAACUCUGAGGCCUGCCCCCACCCUUGUACUCAGGCCAGGCCCCCCCAGGGGCCCUGCGGACCCCACAUUCCCAAGUGCAAGCCAAACCAGACAUCCCUCUGACUGAGCCUGGGGUCAAGGAGAUGCUCUCAGGCCUGGUCAGUACACAGGCUCAAGGGGCCAUGGCUGCCUUCUCAGGACCAGGAAUGGAGCUGGGGCCACCUGGGGGAUG